UGUCAGAAACGAUGGUAAAGGGAGGCAGAGGGGAGGAGGGCUGAUGACACGGAGCUGGCACAGUGAGCGAGACGCACAUUGUACUUGGUGCUGGAAUAAAAAAAGGAAGCGCGCAGCUCCUCUCCGUCACAUUUCACUUUCCAAACACUGACGGGAAAACAAAGGAGGCAGGAUGUAGAAUCUGUCAAACGGCCUGCAGCGGACCGUUUCUUUCCAGCUCUGUUGUUCCUUAUUGGGGUUAAUUGUGCCGCUCCACUCGCGUUUUGGUGCUCGGCUCUGUGCGGGGAGUCUGUCGAUCGACCCGAGGAGGAGAGGUGCUGCUCGACUCGCUGCCUCAUCUCGCUGGAUGGAUCUGAGCUCUCCUUCCCUGUUGUAACUGAGGAAUCGGUCUUCGUAGAAACUCCCCUGUUUCUGUUAGGAAGAGUUGGGAUUUUAUUCCCUCCUCCAUCUCUUCUUCGAUGCCAGUUCAUUUUGAGGACAGUCGAGUCUGAGGUGAGGAAGACUUUUUCCCAGGAUCUGCUUCACAAUGGCGACAGGAGUGGCAGCUUGGCUCCCUUUUGCCAGGGCUGCAGCCAUUGGCUGGAUGCCUGUGGCCAACUGCCCCAUGCCUGUUGCACCAAGAGACAACAGCAAGAGACAAGAUGAACUUAUCAUCCUCAAUGUGAGCGGCCGACGUUUUCAGACCUGGAGAACCACUCUGGACCGAUACCCAGAUACACUGCUUGGCAGCUCUGAGAAAGAUUUCUUUUACAAUGAGGAAACCAAGGAGUACUUCUUUGAUCGGGACCCUGAUGCCUUCAGGAGCAUCCUCAACUUCUACCGGACAGGGAAGCUCCACUACCCCCGUCAUGAGUGCAUCUCAGCCUACGAUGAAGAGCUGACGUUCUUUGGCAUCAUCCCCGAGAUCAUUGGUGACUGCUGCUACGAAGAGUACAAGGACAGAAAGAGGGAGAACUUGGAGCGGCUGCAGGAUGACCAGGAGGAGAACAAGGACCAGAAGAUGCCCAACAUGAAUUUCAGAGAGACCAUGUGGCGAGCCUUCGAGAACCCCCACACCUCCACCAUGGCCCUGGUCUUCUACUACGUCACUGGUUUCUUUAUCGCCAUCUCAGUCAUCACUAACGUGGUGGAGACGGUGCCCUGUGGUUCCACCGCCAACCAGAAAGACAUGCCGUGUGGCGAGCGCUACACGGUGGCGUUUUUCUGCAUGGACACCGCCUGCGUCAUGAUAUUCACGGUGGAGUAUCUGAUGCGCUUGUUCGCUGCACCGAGUCGCUACCGUUUCAUGCGCUCCGUGAUGAGCAUCAUCGACGUUGUGGCCAUCUUGCCGUACUACAUCGGCCUGGUGAUGACCAACAAUGAGGACGUGAGCGGCGCCUUCGUGACACUGCGCGUGUUUCGAGUGUUUCGCAUCUUCAAGUUCUCCCGGCACUCGCAGGGCCUGCGGAUCCUGGGUUAUACACUCAAGAGUUGCGCUUCAGAGCUGGGCUUCCUCCUCUUCUCGCUCACUAUGGCCAUCAUCAUCUUUGCCACGGUCAUGUUCUACGCAGAGAAGGGCUCCAGCUCCAGCAAGUUCACCAGCAUCCCAGCUUCCUUCUGGUACACUAUUGUCACCAUGACGACGCUGGGAUACGGGGAUAUGGUACCAAAGACGAUUGCUGGAAAGAUCUUCGGCUCCAUCUGCUCCCUGAGUGGCGUGCUUGUGAUCGCCCUGCCCGUCCCCGUCAUCGUCUCCAAUUUCAGCCGCAUCUACCACCAGAACCAGAGGGCAGACAAGCGGCGUGCUCAGAAGGUAAAUAAAGCCAGGCUGGCCAGGAUAAGAAUAGCCAAGUCCGGCAGUGCCAACGCCUUCAUCCAGAGCAAACGCAACGGCCUGCUCAACGAACUGCUGGAGCUGACGGGCACAGAAGAGGAUGAGCACAAGCUGACAAAGUCCACCUCUCUGUUAGAGAGCCAACACCACCACCUACUGCACUGUCUGGAGAAAACCACUGCUCAUGAGUUUGUGGACGAGCAGCUGUACGAGCAGAACUGUUUAGAAACAACGCUGCAGAACUACCCCACGCGCAGCCCCUCGGUGUCCAGUCACGACAGCCCUGUGGGUACCUGCUGCGGCCGGAGGGGGAAGAGGAACGCUCCUCUGCCCAAUGCCAGCCUGCCGCCGGCCCACUCUGCCCCGACUCACCAGGGCCCCCUGCAGGAGCUCAGUGCCAUACACAUCCAGUGUGGUGACCCACUGUCACACACUGCCAGCAGCCGUUCAAACCUCAACUUGAAAACCCACGAAAGCAGCAGGAUCAACUGCAAAAGUGGCCGCAUCACCACAGCGAUCAUCAGCCUCCCAACACCUCCCGCUUUAACUCCGGACGGCGACGGCCUCCAUGGGCCCCCGCAGCGGAGGCCGCCGCCGCCCCCAGGUCACCCGGGAACCCCGAGCAUCCAGACCACAGCAAGCUCAGCUGGCACCAACAUCGUCAAAGUCUCGGCUCUGUGACUCUCUGACCGACGUAUGUAACUCAGCUUAACAGGAGGAGAGAAGAGAUGAAGAAGAGGAGGAGGAGGAGGAGGAGACAGGUAACAAUAUAUUGAUGGACGCACCGUGUUCCCUCUCACAGGGUCACAGAGACGAGAGCUGCACUCCAGAGGAGUCACAAGAUCUGGAAACAUUACAGAGGCAGAGGACUGUAGAUAUGUGAACUGAGAGUCACACACUUGUCACGUUGUGUAUGUGCUGUAGAUACGGAGAGGACGACGAACAGAUUCUAACAGCAGUACAGAUGUUUUACACCAGGGACUUUGACGGACAUCGUGCAGUUAGCAUCAACAUGGGCCGAGGACAUACCAGAAAUCCACAGAGAGAAGGAUAUGUGUUGACUUUAAAUAUUGAAGAAAGAUGUUAACUGGAUUUGGUUGGUCUUGUUUGUGUCAUGUGUUGUUUGUCUUAAGUAUUUUGAGGAACAAAAAAAAAAAAAUUAAACUUUAGUUUCUUCUACGGCAUCUGUUGAAAACUCAUGAUACCAGAUGCUGCUAAUAUCAUCGCGGAAACGUGCAAGAGUGUUUUUUGUUUUGUUUUGUUUUUUCUUAAUACUCUGUAUGUCCAAGACUGUGAUUUUUAGUUGCUUCACACUUUAGGAGAUGACUUCAGAGGCUUUCAUGCCAGGGUGAAACUGAACAGCGGUUCAGAACCUGAUGGUAAAAAGAUAUCCGAGUAAAGGAUCGAAGGCUGAGGCUACAGUUGUUCUGUAUGCAUCUUUUUGUGCGCCUUGAAUAGACCACUUCACACUGUUUUAAUAUAAUGUCACUCAAAUGCAACAAAAAAAAAGUUUGUUUUGUUUGGGACAGUUUUCUACCACAGAUGAACCCAUAACUACCAAAACGUACUUACAGCAGCAGUACAGUGUAUAAUAAAUUACAAUGGUUAUUUUAAUGUAUAUUAAUAUUAACUUAUCACCCAGUGGAAAAGAAAAUGGAUCUAUUACAUGGAGGAAUAAGAGGCCAGGACUGACUAUAUCACAACCAACAAAGGUAUAUUUGAAUCAGUAUCCUUAAGCAAACGUGACAUUUUUGUUUAAUACAUAGAGCCUCCAUUGUGGCCUACGGCAUUACAACGCCUGCCAGAGUUUAUAAAUAUUUGAGUUACUUUCCCUGAAAUCGCUGUGACACAGAAAAAAGAGAGGACAUCUGAUUCAAUGGUGUGUGGGAUCCAGAAGGAGCUAGAAUCGAGACAGUGAAAUGCGUUGCCAUGACCUGUAGUUGUAUUUCUGAGGAGAUGUAGUUCAGGCUGCGCUGUACGUUCGGUAAAUAUCUGUUGCAGAAGCAAAAAAAAUAAAUCUUGUUCAAUGCCAGACUUCUCCUUUCGAUGUAAAAGUCAAACUACAGUAUUUUCACAAAAAUUAGUGUAAAAGUGGAGAAAACUCUUCUGGGUCGUCGUCACGUUAGGUGUUCAGCACCAGGAAGGUUGAGCACCACUGUAACAUUUAACGACCACCUGAAUCCACGCCCACACUGAAAUUCAAAAGCUGCUUCAAAACCAGAUUAUUUGAAGAGACUUUAAUGGGGAGAAAAUCUUUACAUAUGCAAAUGUGAUAAUUCUUUUGGGUCAUUCAGUCACUCUGUGUUGCCUAGAAAUCUUCAAUGGUCUUCUCACCAUCAUAGAAACAUGAGGAAAACAAGCCAGUUUAACCACACGGUCCUGCCUGUCAGAUGUUUUUAUACCUCUGUGUCAUUAUAAGUUUUUUAUUAUAAGACAUUCACCGAUCAGGCAUAACAUUAUGACCAUCUUCCUAAUAUUGUGUAGGUCUCCCUUGUGCCUCCAAAACAGUUAUGACUCAUCAGAGAAUAGACAUGGGUCCUGUGGUGUCUGGCAACAUGAUGUUGUUAAUGAGGGGAUCAAUGGGUUGAGGGGAGGGGCCUCUGUGGGUCAUCCCAUAGAUACUUGAUCUGUUUGGAGGCCAGGUCAACACUCGUGUGCUGUUGUGCUGUUUUUCAUGUUUGUUUGUUU